AUGCUCGACGUGGUGGCCAAGCACAAAUACACCGUGUCCACGGUCCUCGAGACGCACGGCCACGCCGACCACCUCACCGCGUCUUGCUACCUCCAGAACGUCCUCGAGCAAAGACAGCAAAGUCAACCACGACCCCGGCCCGAGGUGUGCAUCGGCCAGCGCAUACUUCAGGCCCAGGAGACCAUGUCGGCGCUCUACGGCGUGCCGCCAGCGGAUCUGGUCGACGCGUUCGAUCACACGUUCGCCGACGACGAGAGCUUCACCAUCGGGUCCAUUCAGGCUCGCGCGAUCGCCCUCCCGGGCCGCACGCCCGAUCACCUGGGCUACGUGGUCGGCUCCAACGUCUUUACGGGCGAUUCGAUCUUCAACCCGGACGUCGGCUCCGCGCCCUGCGACUUCCCCCGCGGGUCUGCCGUGGUCGGCGGACAGAACGCGGAGAUCAAGGGCGUGCCCUUCACAACCGUGGCAGUCCAGGUCCGGGAGAACAAGCACGCCAACCAGACCACCCGCAUGGAUGACUUUGUCCCGUGGCGCUCGGAGAGAGAUGCUGGUCUCGCCGCACCAAAACUGCUCGCUCAAGCCCUCCAGGUCAAUGUCCGGGGUAGUCGGCUCCCCGCUCGGAGCACGCGGGAUUUCAAGCUCACGGGGGUGCCAGGACGGGUGUGUCGAGUUUAG